CCUUCCUGCUCUACAAACACACAUUUCCUGGUUCCUCCCUUCAGAUCUGCACUCUGCAGACGGCUGGAAGAAGCUGACAGGAACCCGUUCACUGCAGGAACACAUGAUUUGGAGAUCAGAGCUCAGACUAGUCUCAUGUAAGAGGAAGUGAAAGUCAAACAGUCUGUGUGAGCCAGAGGAGAAAUGGAGCAGAGAAAUCAGUGGGAUUCAGAGAAACUCUCUUGUUCCAUCUGUCUGGAUCUACUGAAGGACUGAAAACUGGUUUCUUCCUGGAAUGAAGCCCAGCCUGAUAACCCUCCUCUCCUUCCUGCUCGACAAACACACAUUUCCUGGUUCCUCCCUUCAGAUCUGCACUCUGCAGACGGCUGGAAGAAGCUGACAGGAACCCGUUCACUGCAGGAACACAUGAUUUGGAGAUCAGAGCUCAGACUAGUCUCAUGUAAGAGGAAGAGAAAGUCAAACAGUCUGUGUGAGCCAGAGGAGAAAUGGAGCAGCAAAGAAAUCAGUCGGAUUCAGAGAAACUCUCUUGUUCCAUCUGUCUGGAUCUACUGAAGGAUCCGGUCUCUACUUCCUGUGGACACAGCUACUGCAUGGACUGUAUUAAAACACACUGGGAUGGAGAGGAUGGGAAGAGAAUCUACAGCUGCCCUCAGUGCAGGAAGAUUUUCACACCGAGGCCUGAAGUGCAGAAAAACGUCACGUUGGCAGAUUUAGUGGAGGAUCUGAAGAAGACCAGACUCCAAGCUGCUGCUGAAGAUCUCUGCUAUGCUGGACCUGGAGAUGUGUCCUGUGAUUCCUGCACUGGGAGGAAACUGAAAGCUGUCAAGUCCUGUCUGCAGUGUCUGGUCUCUUUCUGUCAGCAACACCUCCAGCCUCACUAUCAAUCUGCUGCUUUUAAGAAACACCAGCUGGUGGAGCCCUCCAAGAACCUCCAGGAGAACAUCUGCUCUCGUCAUGAUGAGGUGAUGAAGAUUUUCUGUCUAACUGACCAACAGUUGAUCUGUUCUCUGUGUUCCUUGGAUGAACAUAAAGGUCAUGAAACCGUCUCAGCAGCAGCAGAAAGGAAGAAGAAGCAGAAGGAGGUGGAGGUGAAUCGACUGAAGGUCCAGCAGAGAAUCCAGGACAGACAGAAAGACGUGGAGCUGCUUCAACAGGAGCUGGAGGCCAUCAGAGUCUCUGCUGAUAAAACAGUGGAGGACAGUCAGGAGAUGUUCACCCAGAUGAUCCAUCUCCUCCAGAACAGACGGCGAGAUGUGGAGCAGCAGAUCAGAUCCCAGCAGAAGACGGAAGAGAGACGAGUCAAAGAGCUUGAGGAGAAGCUGGAGCAGGAGAUCAGGGAUCUGAAGAGGAAAGACGCUGAGCUGAAGCAGCUCUCAGAUACACCAGAUCACAGCCACUUCCUCCACAACUACCCCUCAGUGUCAGCACUCAGUGAGUCCAAACCCUUAUCCAACGUCAUCAUCCGUCCUCGGAGACACUUUGAGAAGGUGACAGCAGCUGUGAAAGAGCUCAGAGAUCAUCUACAGGACAUUCUGAGGGACACGUGGACAAACAUCUCACUGGCAAUCACUGAAGUGGAUGUUCUACUGUCAGAACCAGAACCAGAGACCAGAGAUGGAUUCUUAAAGUAUUCAAGAGAAAUCACUCUGGAUCCAAACACAGCAAACAAACAGCUGUUAUUGUCUGAAGGGAACAGAAAAAUAACAUUUAUGGAAGAAGACCAACGUUAUCCUGAUCAUCCAGACAGAUUCACUUAUUGGUGGCAGGUCCUGAGUAAAGAGAGUCUGACUGGACGUUGUUACUGGGAGGUGGAGUGGGGAGGAGGAAGAGUUGAAGUAUCAGUCGCAAAGAAGAAUAUCUGCAGAGAAGGAGGCUCACAUGAAUGUGUAUUUGGAUUCAAUGACAAAUCUUGGUCUUUAUAUUGUUCCACCAACAGUUAUAAAUUUAUCUACAACAACAUCUCCACUCCUGUCUCUGGUCCUCAGUCCUCCAGAAUCGGAGUCUAUCUGGAUCACAGAGCAGGUAUUCUGUCUUUCUACAGCGUCUCUGAAACCAUGACUCUCCUCCACAGAGUCCAGACCACAUUCACUGAACCCAUACAUGCUGGAGUUUGGCUUAUAGAUGAAGGAGCCACUGCAAAGUUCCUUAAAGUCAAAUAGAGUAAUUCCAGAGUCUGAGGGUCGGUUCAUGUUCAGCCCUGAUUUAAGUUCACGACACACGACCGUUCAAAAGACUGGAUCACUGAGAAAUGUCCUGAUUUUAGACAGAAAAGAAGUUUUUGUUUCAACUUUAACUCGUUUAGAGCAACUUUAACUCGUUUAGAACAACUUUAACUCGUUUAGAACAACUUUAACUCAUUUAGAACAACUGGGGGUGUUUCUGAGUUCCAUCCAUUCCCUCCUGCUACAUAUUUAGGUCACGUGAUCCGGUAUCCGUACAUAACGUCCACAUGCAUGACACACGCCUGUGCUCAGCUCAAGGUCAUUGUGUUUGUGGGUUCAUCUGUAUUAAAUGGACACAUUCUAUGUUGCUGUGAUUUCUGAUCAUCAAUAACUAAUAAUCAAAUGCUGCAUUUCUGACAAUGCCAUAUGGGGGAAUGAGCAGCCUUGGAGGAGGACUGAUCUCUGAGUGCUUUUCUUCUUUUCUAAAUAUUUCCCUGUUUUCUCAUUUCACCUUCUCACAAACUAUUUAGCAGCUUAAAGAUGUCCUGAAAAUGUAACAGUGAAGGACUUUUAACGUCCUUCUCAAUCUGCUCUUUGCUUUCCUUUCAUUUACAUUCAUGUUUCUUCAACCUCAUGUUUAGUGAUGCAUUUAAGGAACCAGCUGAGGUGAAGGAAAAAUCAGCUUUUUCUUCAAAUGUGCACUUCAUUUCUCUUUCUCAGGGAUAUAUAUGUAGAGAAUGUGUUGGAUUUGUACUUUAUUUGUUUUUUCUGGGGACAAAUAACGACAUUUUAUUGCAGUCAGUCGUCAUUUAAUAAUCUGACUUGGUGAUUUUUAAUUUUGUUGGUGUGUUUUGUUUAGUUUGUGAUUCAGCUUCAUGUUAAUCUGCAAAUAAAUGACAAUAAAUGAA